AUGUCGUCACUCUCUCACGCAGAACGUGCCAGUGUGGCCACUGGUGCGGCAUAUUCUGGCGGUGGAAAUGAUACCAGUACUGCUGGGCACAAAGGAGGUUCUGGUGGAUGGACUCCAGUCAAGCAAUGGGGUCGGAAUCAUCCAAGCACUGGUGGUGCACCUGUGAAAGGAGGAGGCCAGUCUCGACCAUAUGUACCACCAUGUCGAAAUGGUGCACGAGGAGAUAGCACCAGUAGCAGUCAAGAUCAACCGCAAUUAACACCCUUUGGACAAAGAUUUGGUAAGUUAGUUCUGAUUCAAAUCGAAUUUCAGGGUAAUUACAUUAUAAUUUUGUAUCGAACACCUUUUUAA